CGCCCUCCGGAUUGGCUGCCCGAGCUGCGCUCCGGCUGUACAGCUGCCGGCAGCAUGGCCUCUCCCGGGGCCCGGGCGCCCCUGCCCGAGCUGCCGGAGCGGAACUGCGGGUACAGAGAGGUUCAGUACUGGGAUCAGCGCUACCGAGACGCAGCUGAUUCUGCGCCCUACGAGUGGUUCGGGGACUUCUCCUCCUUCCGUGCGCUCCUAGAGCCGGAGCUGCGGCCCGAAGACCGUAUCCUCGUGCUAGGUUGUGGCAACAGCGCGCUGAGCUACGAGCUGUUCCGCGGAGGCUUCCCGGAUGUGACCAGCGUGGACUACUCAUCAGUAGUGGUGGCCGCCAUGCAGGCUCGCUACGCUCACGUGCCCAGGCUGCGCUGGGCAACCAUGGACGUGCGGGCACUGGGCUUCCCCAGCAGCUCCUUUGACGUGGUGCUUGAGAAGGGCACACUGGAUGCCCUGCUGGCUGGGGAGAGAGAUCCCUGGACCGUAUCCUCUGAAGGUGUCCACACUGUGGACCAGGUGCUGAGUGAGGUGAGCCGGGUGCUGGUCCCUGGGGGCCGGUUCAUCUCAAUGACUUCUGCCGCCCCCCACUUUCGGACCAGACACUAUGCCCAAGCCCGUUACGGUUGGUCCCUGCGGCACUCGACCUACGGCCGCGGUUUCCACUUUCACCUCUACAUCAUGUACAAGGGCGGGGAGCUGAGUGAGACCCAGCUGGCCCAGGGCACCCAGCUCCUCUCACCCCCAAGACCUGCUGCACCCCGUUUCCUUCAGGACUCAGAUCAUGAGGACUUCCUCAGUGCCAUUGAGCUGUGAGGGCAGAAGCCGGCCCUCCAGACCUCCCUGCCUCUCCAUCCCGGACUCCAGCAGCUGGGAUUCCUGACCGAGUCAGGACCAAGGUGCUCACAUCCCAGAGGCCUCCUGCCCAAGGUAGGGCUGGCGGGUGCAAAGCGCAGCCCGGCCCGUUGCGGAGAGCCAAUCCCAGAUUUCUGGCUGCUCUCAGGAGCUUCUUAGGCUCUUCCCCACCGUAUCAACCACCAGUGGUUCGUCCCCUGGGAUCUCUGUCAGCAUAACCCCUCUGCAUACCAGCUAGCUUCUGAGAGCCCACCCACCCUGACUCAUCCACAGGAAUCUGCAGCCCGACCCCAGCUCCCCAGCUCCGGCCCCAACAUCAGUGGCCCCCCUGCCCGGGCUCCACAUGCACUCGGGGGAGCACAUGGUGGUUCCCAGGCCACACUCACGAACCCCGCCUCCCAGCAGCUCCUCUGAGUCCCAAAGACUUGCGCCCUCCCAUUCAGGCCUGGCUCCAGAGCAUACCGAAGCAGCGGCCACACACACACACACAGGGAGGUCUGUGUUUAUUCACACACCUCGU